AUGACAAUCGAGGAGUUGGAAAGCGAAUAAGAACCCAUUACAUCCAGACUUGAAGCAGAGGCUGCAUUAAGAAAAGUAGGGGUUCAUACAUUAGGCAAAGGAGCAGGUGAAAUAAUGCUUUUGGCUGCUGCUCAUGGUUUGAUUAACGUUAUAAAGCACUUUGAAGGCCCAAACAAUCCUCUCACUUAUAAAAAUAACUUUGGAGAUACUCUGCUUCACUUCGCUAGCAAGGGAGGCCAGGCUAAGAUGGCAUUAUAUUUGCUUCACAAAGGAAUCCACCCAAUGGUUUAAAAUAAGUUCAAUGAAACCCCUAUUUUCUUAGCGGCUGAGGCAGGCCAUGUUGAUGUUGUCAAUAUUUUGGCCAAAGAUUAAAGAACAAACCUUGAGCACCAAGAUAAAUUUGGAGAUACAGUAUUGCAUUUCGCUGCAAGGGAUGGCCAGUUAGAGAUAUGUGACUUUUUAAUGAAGAAAAACAAGAAAAUUGCAAGGAUAAAGAACUAAGAGGGUAAGACUCCUCUGACUUAUGCACUCGACAAUGCUCAGAGUGCAGUUGCUCAGUGUCUCAGAAAUUAUGAUGCUUAAGCGACAUAUGGCGAUCGAUAGGCUAUGAUUUAAGAAUUAGCAAUAAAAAUGAUGAAUGAAUUCCCUGAUUACAAGAAGAGCAUAUUCAAGCAUGCUCCAUCAAAGAUUACUCUUUUUGGAAAGAAACAAAACAGAGAUGAAUUGAUAGCUGAGCAGAACAGACUCAAAUAAGUAGCAGAUAAUAUGAGAAGAAUAAGAGAAGAAAAUCAAUGA